AUGGCGAAGCGGAGGGCCGCUGAGCAGCUAGUAAUGGCACAAGUGAAGAGCUACGCUCAACGGUGCAGAACACGGGCCAAGCUUUACUGUGUUGGAGAUCAACACAGUGCUACCCACAAGAGGAACGGAAUCUGGGAUACUGCUGAAGGUGUUUGGUAA